AAAGUUAAUAAUGUCUUCAUAAUUUCUAACUUUAAAUCCAAGUAUCCAGUGCUGCAGCUAGAUUUAAGAUUAAUUUCAGACCUUGUAGUUGCAAUUGUUUCAGCAACUUGUGGUGGUGUUGCAUUUGCCUUUGCUGGACAACCGGUUAUUACUGGAUAUCUGCUCGCAGGCUCUAUAGUUGGACCUGGGGGUUUUAACUUCAUCAGUGAAAUGGUACAGGUGGAAACUGUGGCUCAAUUUGGUGUAGUAUUUCUUCUGUUUGCAUUGGGCCUGGAGUUCUCCAUGACCAAGCUUCGAGUUGUUCGAGCAGUUGCUGUUCUAGGAGGCCUACUUCAAAUUUUUUUAUUUAUGUGCUUGUGUGGAGUUGCGGCCUUGUUAUGUGGUGGUAAAGCUUCAGAGGGAGUUGUUGGUUCUUUUCUUUCUAUGUCUUCAACUGCAGUGGUCUUAAAGUUUUUGAUGGAAAAGAACACUACUAACGUUCUUCAUGGGCAAGUCACGAUUGGGACGCUUAUUUUGCAGGAUUGUGCUGUUGGACUGCUGUUUGCAUUGCUUCCUGUUCUUGGUGGCACUUCAGGUGUUCUUCAUGGGAUGAUGUCCAUGACAAAGCUGUUGGUGAUGUUGAUUGCUUUCCUCUCAGUUCUGUCAAUUUUGUCUCGUACUUUCCUUCCAUGGUUGCUUAAACUAAUGAUGAGCCUAUCAUCACAGACGAAUGAACUCUAUCAGUUGGCAUCAGUUGCAUUCUGCUUACUUGUAGCAUGGUGUAGUGAUAAGCUGGGACUUAGUCUAGAAUUGGGUUCUUUUGCUGCUGGAGUUAUGAUUUCAACCACUGAUCUGGCUCAACAUACACUAGAGCAAAUUGAACCUAUUCGCAAUCUUUUUGCUGCUCUUUUCCUUGCCAGCAUUGGAAUGCUGAUCCAUGUUCACUUCCUCUGGAAUCAUGUUGAUAUAUUGCUAGCCUCUGUAAUUUUGGUGAUCGUUGUAAAAACUGUUGUAGUUGCUGCUGUCGUAAAAGGGUUUGGUUAUAACAACAAGACUGCGGUUCUUGUUGGAAUGUCAAUGGCUCAAAUAGGAGAAUUUGCUUUUGUUCUUCUCAGCCGUGCUUCGAAUCUUCAUCUAGUGGAGGGCAAACUGUAUCUGCUGCUUCUUGGGACCACGGCUCUAAGUCUGGUUACUACUCCGUUACUUUUCAAGCUAAUCCCUGCUGUCGUGCAUCUUGGGGUACUAUUGAGGUGGUUCUCUCCUGACAGUUUAGUGGAGAUUGGAUUUAAGGUUGAUACCCUCCGGUCAGAGAGUGGCAAGCAGCGCAUCAUUUUGAUGGACCAAGAAUCACAUGAUUCUUAGCACUAUGAUGGAACCAAGGAUUUCCGGAAUUGCAUGUCAAAGUUUUGACGGGGUUCUCCACGGUGUCUAGAAGAAAUUAACCUAACUAACUAUAAACUUUUUUCUCGAGUCGCUUGAACUCUUUCUGCGAUGAACAGUUUGUAUACGUAACUGACCGCAGCGAUCAAGCAACUCAUCGAAACCCCAGUAAUGGAAGAACAGGGGAAGAGGGAGGAUAAAAUAGUUCAAGAAACUUUACUGACAAGAAGGCUUACGGAUGAAGUUAUGGAGCAGAUAUUCAUUCUUGUAAUCUACAUUCUUUCUUUCUUUCUUUUUGGUUUUGUUUUUGUUUUUGGGUUGGCAGGGGGUGUUAGUAAAUGUAUCAUAUGGUUUUCUUUUUCUUUUUUAUCAUGUAAUUUGAAAUUUUAAUUGCCCAUCGUGCUUGGUAAUUUCUGCUAGCGCAAUUUGAAUAUAUCAAUUUUUUUGUA